AUGGCCGACCUCACCGACUUCGAAAAUCCGCUGGUGGUUGAUAACGGGACCGGGUUCGUAAAAUGUGGUUUUGCUGGUUCCAAUUUUCCGGCGCACACAUUUCCAUCAUUAGUAGGAAGACCGAUUCUACGAGCAGAAGAGCGAUCGACCGGACUUGGCCAAACGGCGGUGACGCUGAACGAGAUUAUGAUCGGAGACCAAGCCUCAGAACACCGAAACUAUCUCCAAAUCACUCAGCCUAUGGACCAUGGAAUCGUCAAAAACUGGGACGAUAUGAUCCUUCUAUGGGAUUACACUUUCAACCAAAAACUUAAAGUCAACACCCAGGGUAGGAAAGUCCUCCUCACCGAACCCCCAAUGAAUCCAGUCAAAAAUCGCCAGAAAAUGUGCGAGGUCAUGUUUGAAAACUAUCAAUUCGGUGGAGUUUAUGUUGCCAUACAGGCCGUCUUGACUUUGUAUGCUCAAGGGCUACAAUCUGGGGUGGUGGUCGAUUCAGGGGACGGGGUAACUCACAUUGUUCCGGUCUACGAAGGAUUCUCGCUCCCUCACCUGACACGAAGAUUGGACGUAGCCGGACGUGAUGUCACCAAGUACUUGAUCAAAUUACUCCUUAUGAGAGGUUAUGCCUUCAAUCGAACAGCAGACUUUGAAACUGUCAGACAAAUCAAAGAAAAACUAUGUUAUGUUUCUUAUGAUUUGGACCUCGAUAACAAGUUAUCAGAGGAAACAACUACGCUCGUCGAGAAUUACACACUCCCGGAUGGCAGAGUGAUCAAAGUCGGACAAGAACGGUUUGGUGCACCGGAAUGCAUGUUUCAGCCACAUCUGGUUGACGUUGAAUCACCUGGAGUAGCUGAGCUGUUGUUCAACACGAUCCAGACGGCGGCAGUCGAUGUCCGAAGCGAAUUGUACAAGCAUAUUGUGCUCUCUGGAGGCUCAAGCAUGUACCCGGGUCUUCCCAGUCGACUCGAAAAGGAAAUGAAACAGCUGUACUUGACAAGGGUGUUACAAAACGAUCCUGAACGACUAAGUAAAUUCAAGAUUCGCAUCGAAGAUCCCCCUCGACGUAAGCAUAUGGUCUUCAUGGGCGGCGCCGUCUUGGCUGAUAUAAUGAAAAAUCGAGAUUCCUUCUGGGUAACUGCGGAGGAGUGGCAAGAACAAGGUACAAGAGCCUUGGACAAACUCUCUCGAAAUGAAUGA